GUCAGUCCACUGCUGGAGGGAGAAACAUGUCUUGUCCCUAUAUAUAGGGAGUUAAUGCGAGUUGUCGGGAGUCUUUACUUUCCUUCAAGUUAAUGAUGAGAGAGCACUUCACGUUCAGAUUGUCACUUUCACCUGCGUUUGUCAGUCACAGGCUCAGUCACAGCUGAAGCGAGCUCGACGACGCUUUACUCCCAUUGGCUAGUUUAGUGUGCGAGCGGAUCCCUACCGGAGUCCCGCUGGAGAAAAAACGCAAACUCGGAAUUCCCGAAGUUGCGAAGUUCGCGAGACGGAGCGCGGCGAGGAGAAACCAAACAUUCGCGGACGGGAAAAGGCGUGCGUGACUCGACAUUAAGCACGCCUAGGUGCUGUGCAGAGCCACAGGAGGGCCAUGUCUGAUAACAGCACCGGCAGCACCGGGUCAUCCACGAACAGCUGGACUCUUCUUUCCCCAGAGGAGGUCGCCGCUGACCCAACAGCACCAGUGGAUGAUGGAACGGAAAGCAUUGGGGAUGCACCCAGUCUGUCGGAGGAUAUCGCAGGGAGUUCUUUGGAGGUGAGGUCACACGACCCUGAGACUCCAAUUCUGGAGCCCGUUUUGUCAGAGGAGGGUCAGCAGGUCAGUGCUCCACCGCCGAUUUGCCAGGAAACAUCCCCAGAUUUCUUAGAGGAAAUGGCAGCGUCUGGUCCUCCAGAGGUUGAGCUUGAUCCUGACAUCCAUGCUCCUAUCAUCCAUGACACCAUCACUAGUUCUCCACCAGACAGUGACCUUCUGGGUGCUGUUCCCUUUAGCAUUGCUACAGAAUCAGCCUUUCAGUUUUCAGAGGAGUCUGUCCUUGAUGAACCCACUGAAGAAGACGUAACCGACAUCUUCCCCAGUCAGCAUGUUCCAAUCCAAGAAAGCCCUGCUCCUCAACCAGAACCCAAAAUCACCUCCACCCCUGAACCCUUCAGAGAAGUAAGCUCUGCCCUUGAUGUUUCUGAAGUUUCAGCUGAGAUAAGCCACGCCCACACUAUCAGGGGUGAUUCUGCACUGCCUGUGCUUGAUAUUCAUGCUGAUGUACAUCCUGCUCCUGAAACCCCGCCUCUGGCUUCGCCCUCUGAAGAUGAUACUGGUUUUGGGACCACAUUGGAAAGCCCCGCCCCUGACAGCCCAUAUCCAGAAACCAUUGGUUCCAUUGAAACUGAGGAGGAGCGUAGUUUUGAGAAAGAAAACAUCGAGCUGCCUGAGAAACUCCCUGAUGUGAUCAGGGAACCAGAAUCUCUUGGUGCUGAAUUUCCAGCAGUCUCCUCAGCAGGGGAUGAUGAUGGUCUGCGGUUCAGACAUGUUCAGCCCACCAUAGUGCUAAAGCGCAGCUCUGAUGAGGAGGAAGAGGAAGGAGAAGAAGAAGAGUUUAACUUGCCUGUCAGGAAGGAGGAGAAGCGAGGUUUCUCUCUCAAUCAGCUCAUAGUGGGCGCACUCGUCCUGCUUUGUGUUGGGUCCUUCUUUUUCUCUGGUUCUGUGUUUGACCUGGCUGAUGAUGAUUUUGACGGAACAGAAUUAAGUGACCAGGAACUUCUUGAUAAACUUGCUCAAGAGAAUAAACAAAUUAAUAUAUUGGAGGCCCAGAUUGAGUCACAGAAAGAGGAGCUGGACCAGGCUCUAAAGAUGGCGUCACAAGUGCAUAGCACUGAGAAAGGAGCGCUGGAAAACGAGAACACUAAAUUAAAAGAACAAUUGUCUGAACUGCCUGGUUUAAAAGAGGAACUACAGAUGCUGAGAGCAAGAGUUGCUGAGCUUACAAAACUAACAGCUGAAGAUCUCACACAAACAAUCCCUGACUCUGACCCUCCUUCCACUGCUGACUCUGUUCCAGAAGAGGCAGAGAAACACCGGGACAAAAAGGAGGAACUGAAGCGUCAGAAAGCUCUUUUGGAGGAGAGUCGGAAACGUCUGGAGGGAAUGAAGAAGCCGAGCUGGAACAAGCAAGGAUUGAGGGAGAGCCUGGUGGAGAUGCAGAAGAGACUCUCCAAACAGGUGGAGCAGCUGGGCAAACGUGAAGACUGGAAGAGGAAACACAAGAAGGAAUGGGGCAGAAAGAAGGAACACGACUGGAAGAAGGAUGAGGCGGAGAAAGGGAAAGAGUGGAAACAUGGCAAAGACAAGCGGAAAGAGCAUCUCAUGAAGUACAAAGAAGAGUGGGACCUUAAUAAGGAUGAAAGAAGGCAGGAGCGGGAACGACGACAGAAGGAAAGACCUUGGGAUGCAAAAUCUUCCAAACAUCAGCACCAUCACGAGAAGGCGAACUUCUGGAGACACCAAGAAGAGAAGCUCCGGAGGAACCGACAUCCGGCUGAAGGCUGUCGUGGCGUUUCCAACUGUGCAGACGCCGAAGGUCUCGUUCCCGUGAGGCUGCCAGAGUUUCAGGACCUCCUGGAUGUCUACACAAGCAAACUAGAGGCGGUCCCUCAAGAAAACAAAGAGUCUCUCAAACGCCUCACAGCCCAGUUCUUCAGCGGUGGCAUUUUUGCCCAUGACAGAAUGCUUUUCAGCGAGUUCGCCGAGGAUGUGGCUGAUAUUCUGGAGGAUCUGGCAGACGAACAACAUGACAAUGAAUCUCUAGAAGAAGAGAUGGAGGAGUUUGAGAAAGAGGCGCUGUUAAAGUUCGCCGCCACUUCUGCGUAAUGUAGAAUACUGAAUGGGAGAAAAUAAACCAAGUGAAGGAAAGCAAAAUGAAAUGAUACUUUCCCUGAUCUUUAUGGACUGUAGAUGUAGUUUAAUGCCGUGUGUGUGUGUGUGUGUGCGUGUGAGGAGAGUCUUGUCAUUAGUGAAGUCCCACCUGUGUUUUGGGUGUUUUGUUGUAAGCUACCUCCAUUAGUCCUGUUCUUCAACGCCAAACCCUUUGACUCCUGCUUGCAGUGUAAAAAUGUCAUCUUGAGCAUUAAGUGUCGCCAGUUUGGGAUGGAUCAGUCUGUUAGUACAUGGGUAAGUGCAAUGAGAUCGGUGAAUGUCCCUUUAUAUUGGUCUGAACUCAGAAAAUUGACUUCAAGGAAAAGUUCUCCCAAAUAUAAAAUGAAACUCACCUUGAAGCGGUUCCAACCCUUCACUAGUUUCUUUCAUCUGUUGAACACAAUAUAACAUCUCCAAGUCAUUCUUCAAACUUAUGUUAUUGUGUUUAACAAAAUUAAAGAAAGGAAUGGGUUUUGAACAGUUCAAUUAAGGCAGUUUUUUUAUUUUAUUUUGGGUAAACGGUUUCAUUUAGAAAUAAUGUUGAAUGUCUCGUUUUAUUUUAGUUGUGAAGGGUUUUUUUAUUUAAGUUUUAUUUAUUAUUAAAAUCCUGGUUUCUUUGCACAGAUCUCAUAAUUUUGCUUGGUAAGCUAGAGUCAGACUGGUUUCUUUUUAUGUUUUGUUUUCGCUAGAGGUUUUAGAGGUCAUUGUAAACUUUCAGUUUUUCGGUUUCUACCCCAACCCAAGUUCUGCUCACACUUAAUGUUUAUGACAACACAAAAUCUUUAAAUCUUCGUUUAUUUAUUUAUUUUUUUUAGAAAUUUGACACGUUAGCUUAUGUGCCUUUACUAGUGAGCACAGUACUGAAGUGAACACUUUGAAUGAAAACCGAGAGUUUCAAGAAUGCAUUAGUUUGCACUGUGGUGCGUUUUAUUUAUAUCCUCUUUCUAUCCUAGGAAAAGAGCCAUUGUAAUCAAUCAUCAAGAUCAUUUGAGUUAUUGCUGUGUGUUUUUGUUUUGUUGUAUCUCUUUUGGGGAGUUGAAUUGAAAUAUGGCCUUUUCUUGUUCAAUUUGUAAAUAUGAAGACAAAGUAAUUUAACUCAUAAUUUAAGGUAAGUUAUCAGACGGCACACAGUGAUAUUUAUUAUGAUGGACGAUGGGAAAUUUAAUACCAUUUCAAAGGAAGACCAAAUGUCACAAUGUAUCAAUAUGAAAAAUUUUUGAUGAUUAUUAAAACCAUGUACCAUUGCCAUGAGAA